AUGCGCCGGGUUGCGGCCGAAGCUGCAGUUAAGGACAUGCUCAAAUGGUUUUCCCAAGAAAAGGGGACUGUUGCCAUCCUUGACGCCACAAAUUCGACCCAGGCUCGUCGGAGAUGGAUCGCCCAGACCAUUGGACAGUAUGGCAUCGAAGUCAUGUUUGUAGAGUCCAAGUGUGACGAUGAAGACCUCAUCAUGAGCAACAUCAUGGAGGUCAAGACUACAUCUCCAGACUACCGCGGCCAGGAUCCCGAGCUCGCAGCCAAGGACUUCAGGGAUCGAAUCAGGAACUAUGAGAAGAUCUAUGAGACUAUUACAGAGACGGACUACACAUACGUCAAAUUGAUCAAUGUCGGCACGCAAGUUGUCAUCAACUGUAUCCAAGAUUACCUCCAAAGCCGAAUUGUCUAUUUCUUGAUGAAUUUGCACAUCAAGCCAAGAUCAAUUUGGUUGUCUAGACAUGGCGAGUCUAUGUUUAACCUCGCAGGCAAAAUCGGCGGGGACGCCGACCUUUCCCCGCGUGGCUUCCGCUACUCCGAAGCUCUUCCCGAAAUCUGCCGCCAAGCCGGUAUUGUCCCGGAGCAAAACGUUACAGUUUGGACUAGCACCAUGAAACGUACCAUUCAGACCGCCCAACACCUCCCAUACAACAAACUCCAAUGGAAAGCCCUUGACGAGCUCGACAGCGGCACCUGCGAUGGCCUCACAUACGAAGAAAUCGAAGAGCAAUACCCCGAGGACUUCCGCGCCCGUGAUGAUGACAAGUACAACUAUCGAUACCGUGGCGGCGAGAGCUAUCGCGAUCUGGUGAUUCGCUUGGAGCCAAUUAUCAUGGAGAUGGAGAGGCAAGAGAAUGUCAUGGUUGUGACGCAUCAGGCGGUUAUUCGAUGCAUCUAUGCGUACUUCAUGAACGUCCCCCAGGACAGGAGCCCAUGGAUGGAAAUCCCAUUGCACACGCUUAUCAAGUUGACACCAAAGGCCUAUGGAACAAAGGAGGAGAGAUUUAAAGCAAAUAUCCCUGCCGUUUCGACAUUCAGGCCAAAAUACUCGUCUGCCAAACACCAAGAAACAGAUUCUCCUGAUGUCAACGAGCUCAGCGUCAAGAUGAAUGUAUAA